AUGCCCAUCCCGAAAUACACCUACAACGGUCCCAUUGACCACACCAUCCCCCCAAAUCUCGGAAAUGCCAGGAACAAAUCCGUUAUCGUCACCGGAGGCGCGAACGGUAUGGGUGAGGCAAUGGUGCGCGCCUUUGUCGCCGCCGGCGCUUUCGUCACUUUCGGUGAUAUGCACCCUCGAGGCGCAGAAAUUGAAAAAGAGCUAAAUGGCACCGAUUCAAACCAAGCGCCCAAGGUUGCGUUUGUGAAAUGCGAUAUAAGGGAGUGGGAUGAUAUGAUCAAUCUUUUUGAAACGGCGAAGAAUAAGAGCCCACACAAUAGCGUGGAUGUGGUGAUUGCGAAUGCAGGUAUUAGUAGGAGUUCAGGCGAUAGUUUGUGGAAUUUGGAUGAUCCCAAUGGCCCGCCCACUAAGCCUGAUCUCAAAAUCGUCAGGACUAAUCUGGAUGGAACAUUCUAUACAUGGAAAUUAGCUGUGCACUACUUCCGGAAACAGCCUGACACCGCGGAACGAGACCGCUGUUUCAUCAUUACAGGUAGUAUGGUGGCGUAUAUUGAUUCUCCAGGUAACUGGGAAUACACUGCAACCAAACACGGUCUUCGCGGCUUCAUGAAGACAGUGCGACGAAGCAGCUGGGAGCAAGGCAUUCGAAUCAAUUAUGUCGCGCCUUGCUGGAUCAGAAGCGCAAUCAGAACAAAAGAAUACGAAACAUGGCUUAUCGAGAACGGAAUCGAGUUUGGUGAGCAAGCCGACUGUGCCGGUGCAAUGAUGAAAAUUGCAUGUGAUAAGACUAUCAAUGGUCGCUCGCUGAUGAUUACACCGCGCUCAAAAGCGGAGCAAGGGUUCAUGGACGUAAACCAGGAGGACUAUGCUGAUCCAAAGGAUGAAUACUUUAUCAAUAAGCAAACCACGCAAUUGAGAAUUAUUGAGGAUAAAUGGCUAGAUGACUACAAAGUAGUCCUGCAUAUCGGGGCCCGGGUCAUCAUCUCCGAUGUUAGACAGGAACGGCUCGAGGAAGCAAAGAAGAUUGGUGUCCCGGAAGCAGAUAUCGUUCCUGUUGGUAAAUCAGUACAGGACUUUGUGCGCGAAAAUUCUUUGACUGGAAAAAUUGAUACUGUUCUUGAUUUUGUGGGUAAAGAUCAGACGUUCCAGGAUGCUCAGGCUAUUGUCCGUCGUGGAGGCAAGAUGGUUUGUAUCGGGACACUUGAUGAUACUAAUGUCAUUGACAUGAAGAUUGGAAUUAGGAAGAGACUGAGCAUUAUAUUCACAUACGGCGGGCAGAAGAGAGAUAUCCAAGAAGUGCUAAAUCUGAUAUCCAAAAAGGCAAUACAACCUCAGGUUGAAGAUGCAAGACUCAGGGAUUUUCCAACUGUAUUGAAAGCUCUGUGUGAUGGCAAAAUAAAGGCGCGUGUAGCCUUGCUACAUGACGAUUAG